AUGGGUCUCUUCUCGCUCUCCUUUCUCCGCCCUGCUCAUACUCCUGCGACCGCACGCGACGAAGACGAAGACGGAGUUCCGCUGCUCAGGAUGGCCGAUGCGCAUACGCUCGUUGAAGAGGACACGCAGGACGAGGACGGGCGGGAUAGUAAGCGCGCCGAUAGGGAUGGGGACAGGGACAGUCUGGACUCGAACAAGUCGUCCAAGGCCGGCGUGGUCGUGAAGGUGAACGAGCUCGCCAGUCUCGUGCCCGAGGGCGCGAUACCGGGCGGGAGGUCCUUCCACGACCUGUCGCUGUACGAGAAGAAGAGCGUGCUUAUCAACCACGAGCUCGACCAGAUGGGGAUGGGCCGCUACCAGUGGUUCGUCUUCACUCUCUGCGGCUUCGGCUACUUCCUCGACCUCUGCUGGUCCCAAGCCUUCUCCCUCGUCGCCGCGUCGCUCCAGCGCGAGCUCGGCGUCCCGAACGCGCGCAUCGGCGACCUCGCCGCCGCGUUCCACACCGGGCUCACCGUCGGCGCGUUCGCGUGGGGCAUGCUCGUCGAUAUCGUCGGGCGGCGGUGGUGCUUCAACCUGACGUGCCUCAUCGCGUCCGUGUUUGGCUUUCUGUUCGCUGCGCCAAGCAAUUAUGGGGCGAUAUGCUUCUUCGCGUCUUUGAUCGGGUUCGGCGUGGGCGGCAACAUCCCCAUCGACGCGACGAUCACGCUCGAGUUCCUCCCCAAAAACCGCCGCUUCCUCCUCGCCGCCCUAAGCACCUUCCAGCCGCUCGGCGUGGUCGUAUCAACGCUCCUCGCCUACGCCCUCAUCCCCCCGCACUCCUGCGCGUCCACCCUCCCCGCAUGCAACACCGUCACGGGCUCGACGCCCUGCUGCACGAUGCGCUCGAACCGCGGGUGGCGCUACACGAUGAUCGCGCUCGGCGCGGUGACGAUGGCCGUGUUCGUGCUGCGCUUCGUGGUGUUCACGUUCCACGAGUCGCCCAAGUUCCUCUUAUCCAAGGGGCGGGAUGAGCAGGCGAUAGAGGUUAUCUACGCUGUUGCCAAAGUCAACAAAAGGCCUGUACCGGGUUUGACGUACGAGGACUUUCGGGCGUUGGAUGAGGAGGAGGCCCAUCGCUCUGGGACGGUAGUGGAAGAGGAGGGCGACGAGGUGCAUGGACGGAGGGCGAAGGACGUCGUGGUGGGCCGCUUCGCGCAGACGUUCGCGCACAUCAAAGGGCUCUUCAAGUCCAAAGCGUACAUCUACCUCUUCACAAUCCUCUCCAUCGCCUUCAUGUCCGACUUCUGGUCCUUCUCAAUAGCCGGCUACUUCCUCCCCCUCAUCCUCCGCGCAAAAGGCAUCGACACGUCCCGCACCCUCGCACAGACGUACCGCUCGUACAUAUACAUCUACCUCCCGGGCGUCUCCGCCCCCCUAGUGGCAUGCUACUUUAUGGAGCUGAGGCGGUUGGGGAGGAAAUGGGCGAUGGUGCUGGGCGCGGCGGGCAUGGGGCUCAGUUUAGCGCUGUAUCAGGUCGUGGGGAGUGUGGGGGCGAGCGUGGGGUUUAAUGCGAUGGAGUAUUGGUUCCAGAGUUUCUAUAACGCCUUGCUAUACGCAUACACGCCCGAAGUCUUCCCCGCGCCCUUCCGCGGCUCCGCGUCCGGCGCGCUCUCGACUCUCGGCCGCAUAGCCAGCAUCGUCGCGCCCAUCGCCGCGGGCGGGCUGUACAACGGCUCGUCCUCGCCCGCCGUGCUGUGGCUCGCGGCGGGCGGCGCGUGGUUGUCGAUGGUCAUGAUCGCGCUGCUGCCGUACGAUACGAAGGGGAAGGAGACGCUUUAG